UAUUUGGUGUAUCUAUAGAUGGAACUGACAGGAAAAGGCCAUAACCGUAAAUACCCAACUUCGGCAGAUUCGAUUCGGCCGUGAUUACCGAGCCACCCACCGCAGCAAAGCACAUCACAGUUGGCUUGGUGCAAAGCAGCAACUGAAGCAGAGGAUUUAAUUACACCCUCAUCUUCGCCCACAUAAUUUCCUCAAAACCCUAAAUCUCUGCAUUCCCCAUGGCUCCGUCCUGUUAACUCCUUGCCGCUUCGAUUCGCCGGCGAAUUGUCGAUUGAUCGAGAUAUAUUCUUUUUUUUAGCAUUUCAUUAUUUUUUUGUUGGAAUCCGGAUUGCAGUAUGUCGGAUAAGCAUGUGAUUAAGCGCGCCAAGUAUAAAUCUUCCACCAAGGACCCCGGCGUCCCUGGCGUCCUCAAACUGGUUGUUAAUUUAUGCCCUACCACUUCGCAUUAUGUUAUGGCAUAGAAAGAUUCAUCUUCAUGCCAAAUGAUCAAAAAUCGGGCGUCAAGCUAAAUGUGGAGUUUAAAAUAGUUAAAGGUCACAAAUUCACCAAGGAGGGUUCCAAACACGCCCUGCUUAAUCUUACACAGGAACAGGGGGGGAGUUACAUUUUUGAAUUUGAUACUUUUGCCGAGCGUGAUGUUUGCCGGGAAUUUGUUGCCAGGGCUAUUGCAUUCUAUACUGAAGGUGGGAAAGCAGGACCGGAAAGAGCUACUCCUCCAGUAACCAACGAGCAACUUAGUAGCAUAGAAACAGAGCGCAGAAUCAAGCUACUGCAGGAAAAUAGUGAGUUACAGACACUGCACAAGCAAUUUGUAUUUGGAGGUAUACUGACAGAUGAUGAAUUUUGGGCAACAAGGAAGAAAUUGCUAGACCAGAAUGAUAGCAGAAGGCCAAAGCAGCGCCUAGCAUUAAAGAAUGAAAUGUGGAGCUUAAAACCAUUAUCCGAUGGCCAGUCAAACAUAGUGACUUUUAACUUGACGCCAGAACUCAUUCAUCAGAUAUUUGCUGAAAAACCAGCUGUUCGCCAAGCAUACUUGAAGCUUGUCCCGCACAAGUUGAACGGCAUCGAGUUCUGGACCAAAUAUUCAAGAGCACAAUUGCUUCACAGUACGAGAAAUGUAGUUGCAGCUGCAGCAGAGGGUGAUGAAGAUGAGGAGCUUGCUGUUUUCUUGAAGAGAGAUGAUAUGCUGGCAAAAGAAGCUCGGAGAAAGAUUAGGCGUGUUGAUCCAACUGUGGACAUUGAAGCUGAUAAGGGUGAUGAUUACACACAUCUCCCGGAUCAUGGGUUAGUUCGUGAUGAGACCAAAGAUGUUUUGGACCCUCGGUAUGAGCCAUACCGACGAUCUUUCUCGCAAGAUUUGAAUCAGCAUUCUGCAGUUGUUCUUCAAGGAAGAGUUGUGGAUGCUGAGCUGACUGAACCAAGAGAUGUUGCUGAAGCCCUUACCAGGAAAAUGCAGGCUGAACUGUCUGAGGACAAAUUAAAUACAAAUUUUGAGAAAGAACUAUCCAACAGGAUGUCUCGAAGUGCAGAGCUUGAAGAUCUUCAGGGCCCUCGAGAUCCUGCUGUUGCACCCCUCAGUAUCAAGGAUCCGAGGGACUACUUUGAUUCUCAGCAGGCUAAUGCACUAAAAGCGUUGGGAGAUCCAGGUUCAGCUGCUAAACCCUUGAUAUCCAGUGCGAGUGCACGGCAAGCUUAUGACUCAUUAAGGAAUGUCAUAAUUGAUAUUAAUGAAAUGGGGUUAACUGAGCCGAUAAUGAAUCAGGAGGUUGCACUAAAGGUCCUCAGUGGGUUGACCCAGAGUAUCUCUAGCACCAAGUUCCAUCUUGGAAACAGUUCCAACGACAGUAUCCUAGAUAUGUUACCAAAAGUUACUAAGGAAGAACUCUUGCAUCACUGGACUUCGGUGCAGGAACUCUUGAAACACUUUUGGUCAUCAUACCCUCUCACAACCAAGUACCUUUAUAACAAGGUCACCAGAUUGAAAGACGCAAUGUCCCAAGUAUAUCCACAGUUGCAGGAGAUCAAGGAAUCUGUACAAUCUGAUUUCAGGCAUCAGGUGUCACUUCUUGUUCACCCAAUGCUUCAGGCUCUGGAUGCGGCGUUUGCACACUACGAUGCAGAUGUACAGAGGAGGUCUGCCAAGAGCGGAGAGAAACGCAAUGGGUUUAUGCAGUAGAAUGAUUUCACCCUUUUCUUCAGUUGCCAUUGUUUUGCAAAUUUGGCCGUCUUUUUCAUGAAAGAAAUGUCAUUCAUAUUUUUCCGUGUUGCCAAGGCUUCUGAAUGCGUCAUAUAUUAAAAUUAUAUCAACUGAUUUUUCA